CGGUGUUCCUUGUCCUGUUAACUGCCACAUUGCGGCAAUCUCUGCCCCUGCAACUUACUUGUUGUCACCCAAACAAGCCCUAGUGGACUGUGCGUGCUGAGCCCCGUCCCCAUGACUAUAUAUUUCGCGAAUACCCUCCCUGAUCCUCUCUUUCCCUUUCUCUUCAGCACAAAGCUCAAGGAAUUUCUCAUAGCAAGCUCAACUCUAGCUCCGACGACUCGACAAUUUCCUCUCUCGAUAAACACCAUUACCUCUCCCUUCUAUCUUUACAUCUCAACUCUUUUGCGACUUGCGAGCUAUCACUGUCUCUCUAGGCAUGGGGCCUAUGCAGCUGCGUCAAUACACAGAGCUUCCUUCUCACCUCUCGCCUCUUCACUUCUACAGCAAGCUUUACAGCUCCUCAAUUUCUCGCGUUUGCCUCAACAUCAGUAUGGUCUCGUGUUGCCAGUCUAUUCGGGUUCUGAAUGAGCUUAAGACGACUUUCCCCCGGCUGAGUCCGGUUCGCGAGCCUGAUCCUGUUCCUGACCUUGCGAUCGAUCUUACCGUCAGUCGACCUAUGGUGGCUGAAUAUCACAUAAAGACCAUUCCACUACUUAAUCAUUUCGAAACUCCGGCGAAUCUGCCACAUACUCAACAUAGACCCUCAACUUUCAUCAACCAAUCGACUGGACCUCUGACAACCUUACUAUAUGACCACUACCUAAACGCCACCUCUAUGCAUCCUACCGAAUAUAGUUCCUAUGAUGCUGGUCGUGGUUGUGUGGCUGGGGUGUCAUGUCCAGUUUCUACGGGUUGGGUCUCUAAUGACAACUCCGACAGCUUUUGCUUCACACAUGAUGGGGGUAGUCCUGAGCCAAGCAGGGCCCUAUCGACGCUAUGAUGUCAAGGAGACCUGACCCCUCUCUCUCUCUCUCUCUCGAUCUCUGACGGGCCCCUUGCGGGUCCAUCUGCUGCCUCAUGUUCUCUCUUCCUCGUCCUGCUGGAG